ACAUGAUCUCGUCGAUCAAUAGCAAAAAACGAAGAAAGCCCCGAAGUGGAGAAAGCCAGUCGGCAGUCUGAAACUUGAAGUUGAAGCUCCAAAUACGUGAUAACAAUACAGGUUUGAGAGUUCAAGCUUAGCUAGAGUUCCAACUACCAUUUACAUGCAUACCACAGCUUCAAGUGUGCACCAAUUAUUAAAGCGUAGCACUGAUGUGAUGAUGUUUCUAAUGGCUGGUUCUCAUGAAGAAUGUUGAAUAUUUGGACCUCAACUGGACAGAUUUACAUUGUUGUAUCGGAAGUUUGGAACUGAAACAUGGAUUGCAUCACUGUCAAGAAGGCUGCCAGGGACUAUUGCUCGGUGAAGAGCUGGAAGAAUCGUUUCCCAAUCACAAAGUGGCUCCCAGGGUACUCUUGCGGUUUCUUGGUCAGUGAUAUUCUUGCUGGAUUGACGGUUGGAUUGAUGGUCAUCCCGCAGAGCUUAGCGUAUGCCAGUGUGGCCAAGCUUCCAAUCCAGUAUGGGUUGUAUUCAUCCUACAUGGGCUGUUUUGUGUACUGCAUUCUGGGAGGAGCUAAAGACGUCACCAUAGGACCUACGGCCAUCAUGUCUCUUCUCGUCUCAUCCUACGGCAAACAGGAUCCCAAUCAGCAUACUGGCAUCCAUGAGCCAUCUUACGCCAUUCUACUUGCAUUCCUCUGCGGUAUUAUACAGCUGAUUAUGGGCAUAUUCCAUCUAGGAACCCUAACCGGGUUUAUAUCUGCAUCGGUGGUUGCUGGUUUCACUACAGCAUCUGCCAUCACGAUUGCAUUUGGGCAAGUUAAACACAUACUGGGUAUUCAUUUCUCAUCGGGAAGUUUCGCUGAGGAUGUUUAUAAUACUUUCAAAUACAUUCCUGAUACAAACCCAUGGGAUGUUCUUUUGGGAGUUAUUACAAUCAUUGCUCUAGUUCUACUUACACUUAUUCAAAAAGAUACUAUUAACUGGGAAAACAAGGGUUGGCAAGAUGCUUCUGUGGCAACCAAAGUUUUAUGGAAAUUCUUAUGGUUUAUGGGAACAGCUCGCAAUGCUUUGGUUGUAGCGUGUGGUAUGUUAGUAGCUCUGGCAUUGGAGUCAUCGGGUCAUGCUGACGUCAUCACUGUGACGGGCCAUAUAAACAGUACUGGACUUCCUCCGUUCAAACUUCCAAACUUUCAUCAACCAGAUAUAUUAGGGGUUUUCAACAUUGGCAUUGCAUUAGUACCAAUUAUAGGAUACUUUGAAUCAAUUGUCAUUGGAAAAGGGUUUGCUCGUCAGAGUAACUACAAAAUUGAGCCAAACCAAGAACUUGUAGCAAUAGGUGUGUGCAAUAUAGCAGGCUCCUUUGUGCAAGCAUAUCCAGUAACUGGUAGUUUUUCCAGGACUGCUGUGAAUUUCCAAAGUGGUGUCCGAACCCCCGCUGCGGGUAUCUUCACCGGUGCUGUGGUGAUGUUAGCUAUAGCAUUCCUGACGCCCCUCUUCAGGUUGAUUCCGGAAGCCACCCUCGGUGCCGUCAUCAUCGUAGCUCUCAUUAAACUCAUUCAGCUUCCCAUCAUCAAGAGAUUGUGGACUAUUAGAAAGUUGGACCUUCUUCCGUACGUAGUAACACUGCUCGCAUCAUUGGGCCUUGAUGUUGCAUAUGGAACGUUGAUAGGUAUCGGAGUGGAUCUAGUCAUCUUACUCUUCCCUGUAGCAAGACCGUCGAUCAAGAUUGAUUCAUCUCAUCAGCUCAAUGAUCUUGAGUUAUCAUCGUCAUCACAUUCACAACAAUUGCAACAGGUCGGCACGGAGUCCAUUUCUGUGGUAACAGUAGACAGUAGCAUCCGUUAUCCAUCUAUUGAUUAUAUCAGCGAACAGAUCACGCAGCUAAGUUACUCUGUGGAUCAUCCAACCAAGUUGGUCCUGGACUUCUACCGAGUUAACAUGAUAGACUAUACAGUGGUCCAGGGCUUGUCUGAUCUCAUGGUCGACCUGAGGAGAGCCGGAGUCAGAGCUGCUUUCGCCAAUGUCUUGCCUUCGAUUAAGGAGCAGCUGAGUAAGGGAGAUAUUUAUGAGCUUCAGAUAUACGACUCGGUUCAGGACGCCAUCUGGAGUCUAGGAGAGGACGUUCAAGAAGGCAGUGGCGUGAAGGCAUAGACUCCAGAGACCCCAGUUUUCCGUUUUCUUCAAUGCCAGUUCCAUGAUCAUCAGGGUUUCAAGAAUCAGAUUCUGGCCCUUAUUCUGAAGUCGGGUUUAACUUAAACUCAGGUUAAAAGUUGUGGUUUAAGUAUGGAUAGCCAAUUGUUACGUAAAUCACUAACGGUAGAGAUAUCCUAUUUUGGCUCAUUUGGCUAUCAAAGCAUUCAUAAUUGUCUAGGAAGUAUGAAUGGAUGAUCGUCUUCACCAUCGAUGAAUCAGGAAAGAGCACAGUAAAUAU